AUGGAGCAGCCAAUGGAUCGGGCGACAUCCCUCGGCGCAGCGGGCGCUGGACCUCUGGGAAUGCCGGACGUGGAGAAGAUGGAAGCAGAUCAGGUGGAGAAGACUGAAGCAGAUCAGGAGAGUCGGAGGAUUGCAAACUUCGAGGCAGAAGAGGAGAUGAAGUGCAAGGCCGAGGAGGAGCCACAGAAGGCCGAAGAGGAGAAGGAAGAGGAGAUGCAGCGCAAAGUAGAUCGCCGGAAGUGGCGGGAGAUGAGGGAGAAGAUGCCAGCUGAGAAGGUGACUGUCGCAGCCGAGGCCAUGCGAGUGCAGGCCCAGGAGGCGCGCCAUGCAAAAUUCGAACAUCUUCGGCAGAAGGAGGUGGACAAGAUGAAAGCAGAUGAGGAGUGCCGGAAGAUGGAGCAAGCUAUGCGCCAGCAAGCAGAGGUACCCCCAAUCGUCAUGGCCGUGGCCUCGCCCUCCAGAAGAAGCUCUGCACUGUGCUCUACACACAGGAGGCAGCAAGCGAUGACGGAGGACGACAGCGCAUCGGCGACUUGCACGUAUGUUGAAGGAGCUGUUGGAAGCAGCUGUGCUGUGGUGGCGCGACAGCGAGAGCGCCAGCUGAUGGAAGCAAGGAUCAGGGUGCUGGAAGCGGAAGCGGCCAGAAGGCAGAAGGAAGUCUCUCACCUGGUCCAGGCACUGAUGUGCAGGAACAGACAGGUGGAUGGUUCCAUCGAUGUUGACUGGGGUGGCAAGAGCACCCCUCGAGUAAGCAAUGCAAGGAGGCUCCCGUGCAGCUCCGUGCAGGCAGAUGCGAGGAGUCAGUGGCGGCAGAGUGACGCGCAUUGCUGGAAGCAGCAGCGUGAGCUUCUCCUGGAGGACAUCUAUCGCUUCGGCCAGCCGAUGCAGGCCACACCUGGCAAGACACGUGCAAGGAGGGCCAGCAGCACCGAUUCUUUCCUCCCGGGAGACCGACAUCACCGAACGGGCCGAAAGGUACAAGCAUCCAUCUUGAAAGCCCGGCUUUGA